AUGACUACCACCGAUCCCAUCAGCCCUUCCUAUGACACACCCAUUCCAACCUCCUACGUCCAGAGACUUUCCGCACCGGUUACUUCAUCAAACAACACCGCAAAAUGUCCAGAAUGUCAUCAAUUAACUUCUACCAUAUACUGGAACUGGUGUCAACAAUGUUCCGCUCGUCACUUUUCCGCAAACUUUGCGAAUUGGUCAUCCAACAACUCAAAUUUGGAUAAACUAAUCCAAGAGAUUCAACUGAACGCCACUUACAGCGAGCAGGUGAUCGAGUGGAUACCGUAUGAACGGUUUCAGAAUAUUAGGCAUAUCUCCAAGGGUGGAUUUGGUGAGGUGAUGUAUGCCGAGUGGGAAGAUGGGCAAAUCUAUAAUUGGGAUAUAUCGAUGGGAACGUGGAAGCGACGGGGUAGACAUCCGGUAGCGCUGAAAAAAUUAAAAGGAAGUGAGGAAUGCCCCGAGGAUUUUUUGAAAGAGGUUCGACUUGUUGCGUUUCACUUGCGGAUUACCAUAAAAAAUAAUAAAUUUGAUGAGAUGCUGACAUUUUCAUCAAACACCAGGUUAAGUCUCUUCACUCAAUAA